UCUCACUUUUUCCCGACUCAUCACGCUUCACCCAUCCCAACUGCUGCUCCUCUGCCCUCGCCGGCCGGAGAAGGGAACGGACGGCUUGCGCUCUGCGGCCGAGGACAUGGUCGCCGCCGUCUGAUCGACUUGCCUGGAUGCGAGGCUUUUCAGUUGGGUUCUCUCUGGUUGGUGGCGCUGUUAAGGAUCUGAGAUCGGGACGAGGAUGAGCUACAGCGUGGCGGGCAUGGAGGAGGAGCGGUGCGCGGCGGCAGCCGCCCACGAGAUCCGCCGCCUCCCCGCCGAGGUGAACUGGGAGAUGCUCGACAAGUCCCGCUUCUUCGUCCUCGGCGCCGCGCUCUUCUCCGGCGUCUCCGCGGCGCUCUACCCGGCCGUCGUCGUCAAGACGCACCUGCAGGUGGCCCCGCCCCCGCAGGCCGCCGCCGCCACGGUCCGCGCCAUCCUCUCCCGCGACGGCCUCCGCGGCUUCUACCGCGGCUUCGGCGCCUCCCUCGCCGGCACCGUCCCGGCCCGCGCGCUCUACAUGGCGGCGCUCGAGGCCACCAAGAGCUCCGUCGGGCCCGCCGCCGUCCGGCUCGGCGUCUCCGAACCCGCCGCGUCUGCAAUCGCCUCGGCCGCCGCGGGAGUCUCCGCCGCCGUCGCCGCGCAGGUCGUCUGGACCCCCGUCGACGUCGUCAGCCAGCGCCUCAUGGUCCAAACCUCCUCCUGCUCCCGCUACGCCGGCGGCGCCGACGCCUUCCGGAAGAUCCUCGCCGCGGACGGCGUCCGCGGGCUCUACCGCGGGUUCGGCCUCUCCAUCAUCACCUACGCGCCCUCCAACGCCGUGUGGUGGGCGUCAUACGCCAUGGCGCAGCGCCUCGCGUGGCGCGUCGUGGGGACCGACCGCUCCGAGAGCUACCCGGCGCUCAUGGCCGUGCAGGGCGCCAGCGCCGCCCUCGCGGGCGGCGCCGCCGCGCUCGUCACCAUGCCGCUCGACACCGUCAAGACGCGCCUCCAGGUCAUGGAGACCGACGGGAUGGCGCCGCGGCCCACGCUCGGGAGCACCAUGCGCGGCCUGCUCAAGGAAGGCGGAUGGGCUGCGUGCUACCGCGGGCUGGGGCCGAGGUGGGGAUCCAUGUCGCUCUCCGCCGCCACCAUGGUCACCACCUACGAGGUCCUCAAGCGCCUCUCCGCCAAGGAGGGCUCCUUCGGCUAGCUAGAUCCUCCCUCACCCGCAGUCCGCAGCGUCGUUCAACCAUACUAGAGAUCGAUCCGUGGGUGUUUCGUGCUGGCCAGUAAGUUAGUUAGGAUUCCUGUACAUAUGCUUAAGAUCUUUCGUUU